AUGGCUGCUGGUUCUGUCGCAGCAGGAGUGCAGUCAGCUGUUUAUGGUGGAUCUGUGGCUGCCGGAAGUCUGUUUGCUCUUUGUCAAAGUGCAAGUGCCACCGGAGUUAUUGGCUCCGCGGCGACUGCUUUCAUUGGUGGAGGUGCUGGAUUGGCUGGCAUUGCUGGAACACUGGGGAGCUUCAAACUAUUUGUAACGCUCGACUGUUUGCGUAAUUUGUAUUCUAACAUUAGUAGACAACAGCAGAACCCAACUACAACAAAACUUAAAUGAUGGGUCUGGGUAAAUGGGGCUGCUUUCCCGUCGAACAGAAACAUAUUUACCUUGGUAGAAGAGCUUUAAAUGCAAUAUUAAAACGAAACUAAAACUUACUUUACUUUACCAGUCUCAGUUAAAGAAACAGAAAAUUACCGCUAUAAAACUGUUUACACCAGAAGUUGACCCUGUCAAUUAUAGACGACUAAGCUACCGAAAAACCUGAUUACGGUCAGCCCAGCAACAAGUAUAGUUGACAAAAUACGACGCAUUCGAUUCCACAUUAGACAGCACUAAUAGUGACAACAAUUGAAACUAAUCGAUUUCCAAAACAGCAACUAAGGAAAUAUAGUACUUCAUAAGGAACUUUCAAUGAAUUUUUCUUAAAAACAAAAGGAGAACGUGAAUACCAAGAAAAAAGGUUCUGAAAUUUUUAUUGUCUCGUGUCCAAUCAUAACAAAAACAGGAUACGAGAGCAAGCCACAAACCCACUUACUGUCAUUCUUACUUGUGGUUUAAUUUACUCACUUUUUGCAUGUUAUAACGUUUUUGUUUUGGCUAUUUUCCUUUAUUUUGUUCAGUUUCCUCAUGCCUGUUUGGCUUUUUCCUUGCAACGCAGUAACUUUCUAGAAAUAUUUCUGGUAUCCAUGGUUCUGAUCGUGAGUUUUACAGUAAAAGCUUCAUAAACUCUGAAAAAUAAGUGAAAUAAAGAAAAUGAACAUUUAAUCUCUUACUUACAAGCUGUUUGUCUCUUUUCAAGAAACUUCAGCUAAACUAGCUUAACCUAUUGUAUUCAAACGAUAUCAUGUAAGUCAAAUCGAAAUUUAAGGGCAUUAAAUCAAAUAAUUUAAACCAACAAGCUUGUCAACUGAUAUUUUAGUCAAUUUCAAAGCUUCCAGUUCUUUUAAUAAAAUAUAAUAAUAAAUAUAAAACUUAUAUUGCGCAUAAACAAUAGACAUAUUUUCAUACGCGCAUAACAGACGAUAAGAUAUAAAUAAGCCGAAUUAAAAGCUAUCAUAAAAAUGUAAGUCCAUUAAAUUCUACGUUAAAAAAUAAUAAUAAAAUAAUAAAAUUAAAAAAACAGGAAAAAACUAAAAACUUAAAAAUAAAUGAAUAAAUCAAUUAAAAAUAAAUGAAUAAAUCAAUUAAAAAGGUAUCUUAAAAAAGUACGUUUUGAGGGCUCGCUUAAAAGAUGUGAGGCUCUCAAUGUUUCUUAUCUCCGCCGGAAGACUGUUCCACAGUUUGGGCUGAAAAGCUCGGUCACCAAGUGUAGGUAGGCACCGUGCGUUGGCUGAUACCAACAAAGUUGCAUUCCUUGACCUAAGAGUAUAUAUUGACUGGGCAGCGACAGCAAUAAGAUUAACCAGAUAUUGUGGUGCAAGUCCGUAGAGGCACUUGAAUAUUAAUAACACAAUUUUAAAUUCAAUUCUGUAUUUGAUGGGCAACCAGUGAAGAUCUUUUAAAAUGGGAGUGAUAUGACAGGUACGAGGAGUGUUAGUUACAAGUCUGGCAGCAGCAUUUUGAACUCUUCGAAGUUUAUUAAUGUGAAUAGUAGGAAGGCCACAUAAUAGGCUGUUGCAGUUGUCCAAUUUAGUGGUAAUAAACGCAUGAAUAAGGGAUAUGGCGGUUUGAUGAGACAAAUACUUUCUGAUCCUACGUAUAUAGUAGAUAUAAUAAAAAGACAAACUGCAGAUAUUAUUGACAUGGCUAAGCAUGUCAAGAUCAGAGUCAAACCAUGAUCCCAAGUUUUUUUUACGCUAGGAUCAUAUUGAUGAUGAUGAUAAUGAUGAUGACGACGGAUAAUUAUAAUGACAAAAACAAAUUUGUUGAAGAGCAUUUAACUUGGCAAAUAGCAAAGUAAGGGAUUUGUUUUCUUACAGGAAAAUACUAUUCGAAAUUGCUCUGCAAAUACUUUCAAAGGUUUGAACCCUUGUUGUCACUGAUAGAAUAAUAAAAGAACGUUUUUUCAUGGCGACCGAUAUUAUAAAUAUUCACAGCAGAUACUUGUUAUCGUAAAUCAAAUGUGCUAAAAGCAAAAAUUGAACAUAUAAACUCAUUUAAUUCAUAGGGAAGGAAAUCAGACACCAUAAAGUUGGUGAUUUGUGAAAGCGGAGAUGGAGCACACGUGUUUGCUGGUAUUGCGUCUUCUCGAAAAGACACUGACGUUCGAAUUCUUGCUUUGCAUGAAAAUGAAGCAAAGCGCUGGAAUACUGCACUGCAGCAAAAGAAACUUGAGGUUACAUUUCGUUGUGAAGGUGAAAAAACCUCCAGUAUUGUAUCCAAACCAGCUCUGGUGACAAACAACCCAGAAGAUGCUAUGCGAGAUGCUCAGAUGGUAAUAUUUAUGAUGUAUGCGUCAGGCUGUCAUCAAGUUUAUUUAGAGGUUUUAGCACCCCACGUUAAACCUGGCACCAUUAUAGUUAGUUUAUCAGGGUACCCAGAGUUUGAGUUCCAAGUUCAUCGCGUGCUGGUGGAGGUAGCGCGGCAAUGCACCAUCAUGAAAUUUAAGUCACUUCCUUGGACGUGUCAUAUCACUGAAUUUGGAGUUAAAUGUGAGGUAACUCGUACCAUGAAGACACUGCACGGGAUCGUCAAGGUAAGCUUAGCGAGUGUCGCUCAACGAGAAAUAAACGCUGCAUUACUUAACCCUAGGCCUAUUCUGACCGGGGCGUUGCCUUUAAAGUUGAAUACCCUUUAAAGUCGUUCAAGCUAUGACCGCCAAAAAUUAAAAACAUUUUCCUAAAACUAUAUCUGGGAACAUUUUAAAGUACUUCGUGACGAAAACAUCAACAUUGACGCUACCAUAGCAACCGAAUUUUAACAGCCAUGAUACGGGUAAAAAAGUUCUGAUUUAUUUGAUGAUUUUACUUACUUUUAGUUACUUACUUAACUGCAUCCGAGAAAAUCGGUGACUUGACGAAAUUCUUCCUCCAACUCACUCUGUCCAACAUAACAGUUUGGAGUUCACGUUCCUCCAAACCAGUAUCAUCUUCCAAGAUUUUUUUUAGAGUAAUUUUGGGGUGACCCACUCUUCGCCGCUUAUCAGGUUCCCACAACAGAACUCUGCCAGCUGGCUCAUUGUGUUUGACUCUUGACCAGCCGAGCUAAGUCGUUUUCGUCUAAUGAUCUCAGUGACACGAGGGUUCGAGCCGUAGGGAAAAUUGUUAGUGACUUUGUCUUUUCAAGACAUAUUUUGUACUUUCCUCAGCAUUAAGUUUAUACGUGCCAUCGAGCUUUUUCUCCAGAGAUUUUGUCAGUGACCAUGAGUCGGACCCAUGGAGAAGGAUGCGCUCGACUGUACCUUUGAACUGGCGCAUUUUAGCUGCUUUUUUAAUUGGAGAUACCCAUACUUUAGAAAGAGCAGUGAGGCCCCCCAAGCCUUUCCUAUCCUGAUGUCGAUGUCGUGGGAUAUUUCUGUGUAACUACCCAGGGAAAGAAAGCCAUCGACCUUUCCGAUUUCUGAUCCAUUAAGAGAGAGCAUUUGAACAUCAGAUGGUGGAUUUAGACGCAUGAACUUAGUUUUGCCUGCAUUCAAAAAGAGCCGACCGAUAGAUUGUGAUGCGUCCUCAACUCGGUGAAGCAAAUCUUCAGUUUCUUUGAGGACAUUCUCCAGGAGGGCAAUGUCAUCAGCAUACGCGAGAUCAGAAAGAACCUCCUCUGGGUGUCUUGAACUUUGACUCUUUUUCAAUGUAAUUCCAUCAGAUGGUGAGAUGGCAGUUAUCAGGGCACAAUCGAGACAGAUUAUGAAUGGGAACGGAGCCAGUGGAUCACCUUGAAGUACUCCAGUGUCUAUGGGGAACAGGUCGGUUUAUCACCAGCGCAGAUAUGUUUUCAUCCAUUACCAUCUGAAGGGGAAUCCCAUAGGCUAGGAGAAUUUUAAGCAUUUUGGAUCUGACAAUGGAGUCGAAUACCUUUUUGAAGUCAGUUAAGACUAUCACAGCCUCUUUCUUGUGGUUUAACACUUCCUCGACAAUGCGCCUCAGUGCCAAGGUGUGGAAGGCAGUAGAACGAAGCUGUCGGUGGGGCGUAAUAGCUUCUCGACGACAGGUCUANACGGAGCCAGUGGAUCACCUUGAAGUACUCCAGUGUCUAUGGGGAACAGGUCGGUUUAUCACCAGCGCAGAUAUGUUUUCAUCCAUUACCAUCUGAAGGGGAAUCCCAUAGGCUAGGAGAAUUUUAAGCAUUUUGGAUCUGACAAUGGAGUCGAAUACCUUUUUGAAGUCAGUUAAGACUAUCACAGCCUCUUUCUUGUGGUUUAACACUUCCUCGACAAUGCGCCUCAGUGCCAAGGUGUGGAAGGCAGUAGAACGAAGCUGUCGGUGGGGCGUAAUAGCUUCUCGACGACAGGUCUAAUUCUAUUAAAAAUCAUUCAGUUGUACACAUUUGCUGCAAUUUGGGUUAAGCUGAUACCUCUGUAGUUGUCGCGAAUUGUGAGGUUUCCUUUCUUGGGCACUGGAACUAUUCCUGAGAUACCCCAUUCAUCUGGUCUAUGGUCUUCAAACGUGUGAAUGCAGAAAUCCUGUAGGAACGUCCUAACUCUUGGCAAUUUCCACGGGUCAAGAGUUAGACCAUCCAACGCAGAUGCUUUUACUGGUUUCAUUGCUUUCAGUGCUCUGUCGACCUCUUCAACAGAUAACUGAUUAAUGCUUAUCUCUUAUUGAAAGCCAAAUAUAGAGGCUAUUUUAAUGAUUUUAUAACUCUUAAUUUGGCAUUAUUUUAUCAAAUUAAAUAUAGCUGUUAAUGUAAUCCAGGCUUCUUCUAGUGACAAAUUGGAGAAAGAACAACAAAAGUUAAUUAAAAUGACUAGGACCGUAUUUCCGAACAACUUGCAGAUUUUGCUUUGCUUCCUAAGCAUCAUUAUAUACACAGGCCAUCUUUUCUAUCACGAUUCUCUAGAUUUAUGACGGUUUUAUAAAAUGGGAUACAUUUAAUCAGUUCGAAAACAACAGAUCCAAGAUGGCUGAUGUUUUCAGUUCCUUCGAUUUUUUUUUAUUUGCUACUUUUGCUAUGUUUUAACAUUGAUUUGAGCUCUGAUAAAGGGCAGAAAACACAUUAAAGACAAAGACCAUUAGUUACAUGUUUGCCGGCUAUGUUGAUAACUUCAGGGAGGCAUAAAGAAAAAAACGACAACAAGCACAGCGGUUUGAGAGGUAACUCCAACAUCGUGCCGAAUCGAAGAUGUGUUCAUUCCAUUUAUUGUUAUAAUUAAACCUUGGCCGAAAAUAGGGACGAAUAUGCUUUGAUUAAUGAGUUUGAAACUGAAAAUGUUACAGAUAUGCACAGUAUAAACAAAUUAUGUAUUUUUUGUGUUUGUUUUACCAGAGAGGAAACGUUGCUCCAAAGAGAGACCCAGUUUGCAACUUGCAGUAUCUCCUAGGAUCCCUCCCUGUACUGAGAGUAAAGAGGAUCUAAUACGACUGUUUAUGCUUUCCAAACAGUACUACUUGUAAACUUUAUUUAAUAUAAAGUGGUUUGAAAUCUCUGUAAACAAAAACAACAGCAACAACGAAAAGAAGC